GCUCUCUUUUACCCUAAACGCAUAAACGCACUACGCACAUGCCACAGUUUCCUACAUAAACCUCACACCUCACCACUCUUUUGUUCCAUCCUUCUCCACUCUUCAUUUCUCAUUGUCCUCCAUUUCAUCACUCAAUGCUUCAUAAAGAUCUCUUCUUUUAAUCCGCCCCUUUUUUCUCUUGAGGUUUUUUUUUUCUUUGUUUCUUUUCCCAAAUGGAAGAUGAGAACUUUGACCCUGCAACCUCAAGCCUUCUGUGUCUGGAAAACAAUAACACAUGCUUUGAUGAUUUUGAAUGUAGUGCCGCAGAUGGGUACCACAAAAAACUUAACUUUAACGAUGAUGGAUCGGAACCAUUCGUGGGGUUUCUGGUGCUGAGUGAUGAAACUUUUGGGGUUAUGGUUGAGAAGGAGAUAGAGUUUUUGCCCACUGAUGAUUACCUCAGGAGGAUCCUUGGUGGGGAUUUGGACUUUGGUGUUAGGAGGGAUGCUCUUGAUUGGAUUUGUAAGGCUCAUGCUUAUUAUGGUUUUGGACCCAGUUGCUUUUGUCUAUCUGUGAACUACUUGGAUCGGUUCCUAUCAGUACGUGAUAUUCCAAGAGACAAAAGAAAUUGGGCUGUGCAGUUGUUAGCUUUAGCUUGUUUAUCAAUUGCAGCUAAGAUGGAAGAGACUAAAAUGCCCCAUGUUAUAGAUAUGCAGGAUGACGAAACAACAGCUGUGUUUGAUGCUAAAACUAUUCAAAGAAUGGAACUGAUGAUAUUAACCACACUGAGUUGGAAAAUGCAAGCCUUAACUCCGUGUUCCUUUAUGGACUACUUCCUUGGCAAGAUCACUCGUGAGCAGCAUCUGGCAAAGUCAUUGGUUUUGAGAUCAAUGGAGCUCAUAGUUCAAAUUAUCAGAUAUGUUGAAUUCUUGGAGUUUCGGCCGUCUGAUAUUGCCGCAGCAGUUGCGAUUUCUGUGUUGAGGGAAUCACAAGGAAUAGAUAUUGAUAAAGCCUUGAAUUGUUUUGUCAUCGCGCGGAAGGACAGAGUCUUGAAGUGCAUUGAACUGAUCAGAGACUUAGCCUUGACAAAAAUUCCGGCUAAUUCGAAUGGCAACUUAGCUCCAUUAGCACCGCAAAGCCCCCUCGGGGUGCUCGAUGCGACAUGCUUGAGCUAUAGAAGUGAGGAAUCAACAACAGUUGGUGGUUCAUUCACAGAUUCCUUCCAAUAUAGUCCAAGAGCUAAGAGGUGUAGAUCAGAAAAUGGACCUUCUAAUGAGAAUUUCAGGUCAUGAAAUGUGAACUUUCCUCCUUCACCAAGGUUCCAUUUGGGUUUGGUUGAAUGAGAGUUUUAGUGUGGUCUAUGUAGGCCAUAUUGGUAACACACUCAAUGAAAGUGUGCCUUUAUGAAUGAAUAAAGAUGAGAAAUUUAAGCAGUCUCACGCGUAUAGCAUGAGUUGCUAAGUUGUUUAUAGUCAGAGGAAUACACAAACCAGCUGCAAAUGUUGCGGAGAAUGUGGAUCGGAGAGGAAAUUUUGAUGCAAACAAUGAUAGGUAUAUUUGGACAGAAAACCCAUAUUUUUUUUCCUUUUAUUUUUCAUAAUUAUGUCCGAACUUUUCAUUUAAUGGAAAAGAGAAUGAAACAUAAACUGAAAUUCUUUUCA